AAUUUCGACUCAUUAUACUUGUGAACAGGCCAAUAGAAUGGACCACAAAAUGUUAUUUCUUUUGAUUGCAUUGAGUUGCUGCAGUGUCAGUUUUGGUAGCAAUGAUACUGAUUCCCCGAUAGUGGAAGUGAAACAAGGAAAAAUUGUUGGCAAAAUCUUAAAGUCUAGAGACGGAAGAGACUUCUACAGUUUUUUGGGUAUACCUUAUGGACAAGCUGAAAGGUUUCAGCCACCAUCCCUAGCAGCGGAGUGGGAUGGGAUCUUUGAAGCAAAAUCUUAUGGUCCUCAAUGUGUUCAAAAAAUGUGGGUAACGAAUCAGAACAUUGGAGAAGAAAAUUGUUUGCAGCUUCAAGUGUUUACCCCGUCAUUAUCUGACAAUUUGCCUGUUGCCGUUUACUUUCACGGUGGAGGCUUCUCGAUUGGUACUAGUAAUGUUUUGCAACCGCAAUAUUUUAUGGAUGAAAAUGUUGUUCUGGUGUUAGUUAACUAUCGUCUAGGACCGUUCGGCUUUCUAAGUAUGCAAGACGAGCUUAUACCUGGCAACAAUGGCCUAAAAGACCAGAAUAUCGCAUUAAAAUGGGUGCAACAGAAUAUAGCAAAUUUUGGUGGUAAUCCCGACCGUGUAACUUUGUUUGGUAACAGUGCGGGAGCAGCAUCCGUUUCCUUUCACAUAUUGUCACCUCAAAGUGCUGGUCUGUUUCAUGCAGCUAUUUUACAAAGUGGCUGUGCGUUAAAUCCGUGGGCCAUGUCUAAACAUCCUAGAGAGAUGGCCUUGCGAUUCGGAACGAAUAUUGGUUGUCCAACUGAUACUUCUGCAAAGUUUCUAAGUUGCCUACGCUUGAAGACCACAGACGAAAUACUAAAUUCGAUGGAACCGCUAACCCAAUGGAACUUCGAUCCAUUCACACCGUUUGGUGUCGUUGUUGAGCCAGAUGUACCGGGAGCAUUUCUCACCGUUGAUCCGUUGAAGAGUCUUGAAACUGGAAGUUAUAGCAGAGUGCCUGUGAUCGCCGGCGUCGUUGAAGAUGAAGGAAUUUUACUGCAUUCAGCAUAUAUUUUGGAACAUCCAAAACUAUUACAAGAUCUGAAUGAAAACUGGACAAAUGUGCUUCCAAUUUCGUUGCAGUUCGAUAGAGUAUACACAAAUUUCACAGAUGAACAGCAAUUGAACAUAUCGACAGAAAUUCGUAAAUUUUAUUUCAUUGAUCAAACUAUUUCGGAAGACAAGAGACAACAACUGACCAACGUGUAUUCCGAUCGACUAUUUAAUCAUGGAGUGAGAAAAUGUGCAGUUUUAUUGUCAGAACAUUCCCCUGUCUACAGUUACCAAUUCGCUCAUAAUAGAGGAGACUACUCCAUCCUGCGAUGGUUCAAUAUCGAUAAAAUAUUUGGUGUUUCUCAUGUCGACGAACUUUCGUUUUUAUUUGCUGAAUCAUAUGCACUGGCACCGGAAUUUCAAAAGGAUUCAAUCGCUGAAACAGUUUCAAAGAAUUUUGUGAAGCUUUGGGCUUCAUUCAUUACAAACGGAUACCCAACGGAAUUUUGGGGAAACCAACAGAAAUGGGAGCCGAUCAGUCGUGAAGAAAGAGAAGGAAAGAUUCCACUGAAAUUUUACCGAAUGGAUGCUGAUACUUCGAUCAUCGAUGAACCGUUUGCAGAUCGAGUCGUAUUUUGGGAAAAUAUCCUGAAGGGAAACUAUCAAGCCGGUGGACAACAGUAAUACAUUUUAUGUAGACGCGAAAUACGAACACAAAGAAAAUGAGAAAAUCAUA